AUGAGUGUUUCCUUCUCCUUGCGGUCCACCCUGGGACCGUGUCGAGGAGUUUCUGGUGCUCACGCGGGGAAAACGUUCCUGCCGGUGACGCACGUCGCCUCGAAAGUCCGUCAAAUCUCUUUCCUUGCCUCAUCGCAAAAUAAACACGCGCACAAGACCCCUCAAUGGCCCGUCCUCUCCAAGCGAACCUCGUCAACUGCUGUUCCGGAAGAGCUCGUUCCGACUACCGCCUAUUCGGAGCUCACUGUGGGGAUCCCUCGUGAGUCACACGAAAAUGAACGCCGGGUAGCGAUAACGCCACAAAAUGUGGGUUUGCUUCUGAAGAAAGGUUUUUCACGCGUUUUAAUUGAGCGUGGAGCUGGUGAAGGAGCCCAAUUGCUGGAUGAUGCAUACCAAAAGGCCGGCGCAACGGUUGUUGACCGUGAUGCGAUAUGGUCGGAAAGCGAUAUUGUUCUGAAAGUCCGAAACCCGCAGUCUGAAGGUCCAUUCAAUGAGGUGCAGGCUCUUCGUAAAGGAUCGACUAUUAUCUCAUUCUUAUAUCCUGCUCAAAAUAAGAGUCUUGUCGAUGCAUUGGCUGCUCGUGGUGUCACGUCUUUCGCGAUGGAUCGUAUUCCGCGUAUCUCGCGUGCUCAGACUUUUGACGCCUUGAGUUCCAUGGCCAAUAUUGCUGGUUACAAGGCGGUUUUAGAGGCUUCCAAUCAUUUUGGUCGUUUUUUGACUGGUCAGGUUACGGCUGCUGGAAAGAUUCCUCCAAGUAAAGUGCUUGUUAUUGGUGCUGGUGUGGCUGGCUUGAGUGCAAUUGCCUCGGCUCGUCGCAUGGGUGCUAUUGUUCGUGGCUUUGAUACUCGUCCAGCUGUUCGUGAGCAGGUCCAAUCUCUCGGUGCUGAAUUCGUUGAGGUGGAUUUCCAGGAGGAUGGUGCCGGACAAGGCGGCUACGCUAAGGAAAUGUCUAAGGAAUUUAUUGAAGCCGAGAUGAAACUGUUUAUGGAACAAGCUCGUGAAGUUGACAUUAUUAUUACAACUGCACUUAUUCCUGGAAAACCGGCCCCGAAACUGAUCACCAAGGAAAUGGUUGCUGCGAUGAAACCGGGCUCUGUCAUUGUGGAUCUUGCAUCUGAAGCAGGAGGCAAUUGCGAGGCUACGGUUCCCGGUCAAUUAACUAAGUACAAAGAUGUGACUAUCAUUGGCUAUACUGAUCUACCUUCUCGUCUUCCAACUCAGUCCUCCACACUGUACUCGAACAACAUCAUCAAGUAUCUUCUCUCUAUGGCACCAAAGGAGAAGUCUUUCGGCAUCGACUUCAAAGAUGAGGUUGUUCGUGGCUCUAUCGUUACUCUCAAUGGCGAGAUCAUUCCUCCCGCUACACCGGUCGCUGCCCCUGCCCCUGCUAAGCCCGAUACCCAGGCAAUUGCAGCUAAGAAAGAUGAAGCACUCGCUCUUACCCCAUGGCAGAAGGCUACUAGAGAUGUUACCGGUGUUACGGGCGCAAUUGGCGCCACUCUCGCUCUUGGAAAAGCCACCGGACCCAUCUUCAUGGGCAACAUGAUGACUUUCGGACUCGCGGGUCUGGUCGGUUAUCGCGCCGUAUGGGGAGUAGCGCCUGCUCUCCAUUCGCCACUGAUGAGUGUCACCAAUGCUAUAUCGGGAAUGGUCGGUAUUGGUGGUUUGUUCAUCAUGGGCGGAGGCUUUUACCCAACUAGCUUUCCUGAAUAUCUCGGUGCAGCCUCGGUGCUUCUGGCCUUCGUGAACGUUUCUGGAGGAUUUGUGAUCACAAAGCGCAUGCUGGACAUGUUUAAGCGCCCGACCGAUCCCGCAGAAUACCCUUGGCUAUAUGCGAUCCCGGCACUAGUUUUCGGUGGUGGUUUCGUGGCUGCGGCUACCACAGGUAUGGAUGGUCUAGUACAAGCUGGAUAUCUUAUCAGCACCAUACUCUGUAUGAGCUCUAUUUCCAGUCUGGCCUCCCAACAAACUGCGCGCCGAGGAAAUAUCUUUGGCAUCCUGGGUGUGAUUUCUGGUAUCUUGGCUUCUUUGGCUGCAGUGGGUUUCACUACCGAGACUAUGACUCAGUUUGUCACCGUUGCUGGAACUGGUGUCCUAGUCGGUGGACUUAUUGGUCGUCGCAUUACUCCGACAGGACUUCCUCAAACAGUUGCUGCGUUACACUCGGUCGUUGGUCUUGCUGCCGUUCUGACUAGUAUCGGUAGCGUGUUGGUUGACAUCAAUGACAUCACAACUCUACACAUGGUGACUGCCUAUAUGGGUGUUCUGAUCGGCGGUGUUACCUUUACUGGUUCAAUUGUCGCAUUCAUGAAACUUGCCGGUCGCAUGUCUUCUAGUCCAAAGAUUCUUCCUGGGCGACAUAUCAUCAACUCGACGUUGCUUGGUAGUAACAUUGCGACUAUGGGAACUUUCUUGACUAUGGCGCCUGCGAACCCAGGCAUUGCAGCAGCAUGCUUAGGUGCAAAUACUGUACUGAGUUUCCUGAAAGGAUAUACCACGACCUCAGCUAUUGGAGGUGCUGACAUGCCUGUUGUCAUCACCGUGCUGAACGCUUACUCUGGAUUCGCGCUCGUCGCCGAGGGUCUAAUGCUCAAUAAUCCGCUCCUUACCAGUGUCGGAUCGCUCAUCGGAGUCAGUGGUUCAAUUCUUUCAUACAUCAUGUGUGUCGCCAUGAACCGGUCUCUUACGAAUGUUCUUUUCGGUGGUCUUUCUGCACCAGCGCAAUCCCAGAAGAAGAUCGAAGGUGAAGUCACCCAGACCAGCAUUGAUGACACCGUUGAAGCUCUGUCAGGUGCUGAGAACGUCAUCAUCAUUGUCGGUUAUGGUAUGGCCGUGGCAAAGGCCCAAUACGCACUAGCUGAGAUUGUCAGCAUUCUGCGUUCCCGGGGAGUCAAUGUCCGCUUCGCUAUUCACCCUGUUGCUGGUCGCAUGCCAGGUCAAUGCAACGUGCUUCUUGCUGAAGCGUCCGUGCCAUAUGAUAUCGUUCUUGAGAUGGAUGAAAUCAACGAGGACUUCAAUGACACUGAUGUUACACUUGUCAUUGGCGCCAAUGACACCGUCAACCCUAUCGCUAUGGAGCCGGACUCCGCUAUCUCUGGCAUGCCUGUUCUCCAUGCAUGGAAGAGUAAGGAAGUCAUCGUCAUGAAGAGAGGAAUGUCCAGUGGAUAUGCCGACGUACCGAACCCCAUGUUCUUCAUGCCUGGAACCAGGAUGCUCUUUGGUGAUGCCAAGACAUCUUGUGAUGCUAUCAAAGCUUCGCUAGAGGCACGCAAGUAG